UUAAUUGGCAUUCCAUGUAUUGUAUUCGAAAAUCUCAGGCUCUUAUCAUCAUCUUCCAAUCCAAGAAGAUCAUUAAAUACACCGUACCAUUCAACGUACUUAUCAAUUAUAUGGCACCACCACCUCCAUCGCCACCACCAGUUUCCUUGAAGGUAUCACUCCUUCUUCUUAGGGUAUUAACAGGGGUUUUCCUUGUUAUAGCGCUCAUCAUCCUCAGCACCAACAGCGUCACCAUUGUAUCUCAAGGAAGCGCAUUGAAAUUUCAUUUCAAAGAUGUUUAUGCCUAUAGAUACAUGCUUUCAGCUGCCGUCAUCGGACUACUUUACGCCGUCAUACAACUGUUCUUCACAAUCUCCGAAUUCGCCACCGGAAUGAAAAACCCUUUUAAUUAUCAACUCGAUUUUUACGGUGACAAGUUAAUAUCAUAUCUAGUGGCGACGGGUUCGGCAGCUGGAUUUGGAGUGAGCAAGGAUUUGAAAGAUGCAUUUAUAGCAUUAGUGGCAUUGGAUUCGACUGAUCCUGUGGAUAAGUUCUUUAGCAGAGGCUACGCAUCGGCCAGUCUUCUUCUCUUCUCUUUCAUCUGUCUUGCUGUUUUAUCUGUUUUCUCAUCCCUUGCCAUUGCCAAACGAAAUUAACUUUAGUCUUCUCAUUAUACAACUUUGUAAUGCUUUUCAAUAUUAUUAAUUUGAUCAGAUAUAUAUAGCUUUAUGCUAUGUGUUGAUGUAA